UUUCCCCCACAAAAGUCGGCUACUGGGCCGUAGGAGGCGACGAAAAGUUCAGAGCGGACUGACAAAAGGCGGCGCGUCUGGAGAGGUGGGGCCCCGAGGUGACCAGAGCCUCAGCGAAACGCCUGCUCUUCCCCCCCACCCCCCAGUGGAAGUGGUUCAGCCCGAGGACUUUUCAUUCAUAAAAAGAAAAGACGCCGCGAGGAGCGAGUGAGUCAGAACCGAAGCCGCCGACGCGGACCCCACAGAGCAGCCAGCCCAGGGCAUGUUCCGAGACUACAGGGAACCCGGACCGAGCUCCGGGGCCGGCGGUGCGUACGGCGGCCCGGCGCAGCCCCCGGUGACAGGCCAACAGAAGUUCCACUUCGUGCCAAGCGUCAACGCUGUGAGUGGCAGCCAGGAGCUGCAGUGGAUGGUGCAGCCUCACUUCCUGGGACCCAGCAGCUACCCCAGGCCUCUGGCCUACCCCCAGUACAAUCCCCCACAGCCCCGGCCAGGAGUCAUCCGGGCCCUGGGCCCAACUCCAGGGGUGCGUCGCCGGCCCUGUGAACAGAUCAGCCCCGAGGAGGAGGAACGCCGUCGAGUGAGGCGCGAGAGGAACAAGCUAGCCGCGGCCAAGUGCAGGAACCGGAGGAAAGAACUGACAGACUUCCUGCAGGCGGAGACCGACAAACUGGAGGAUGAGAAAUCCGGGCUGCAGCGAGAGAUUGAGGAGCUGCAGAAGCAGAAGGAGCGCCUGGAGCUGGUGCUCGAAGCCCACCGCCCCAUCUGCAAAAUCCCAGAAGGGGCCAAGGAGAGCGAAACCAGCGGCACAGGCGGGACCAGUGGCACCAGCAGCCCACCAGCCGUCUCCCGCCCUGUGCCUCGUAUCUCCCUUUCCCCAGGGCCUGUGCUUGAACCGGAAGCAUUGCACACCCCCACCCUCAUGACCACACCCUCCCUGACUCCUUUCACCCCCAGUUUGGUCUUCACCUACCCCAGCACGCCAGAGCCCUGUUCCUCAGCCCAUCGCAGGAGUAGCAGCAGCAGUGGGGAUCCCUCUUCUGACCCCCUCGGCUCCCCAACCCUCCUGGCCUUAUGAGGCCCUCCAGCCCCCACUCCCUGCGGGUGCCACCUGAAUCAGUAUUUCCCUGCCCACUGGUCCAGCUGGCCUGGACCAUAUCCCAUGUCCAACCCCAGCAGAUUCUUCUUCAUCCCUCCAGAUGAGACUGAGCAUAUUUUGCUUCCUGUAGAGCCAGCUUAGGGCUACCAAAGCUGCUCACUGUUUCCCUAGAGCUGGCAUCUCUAGCACAAUUUGCACUAAAUCAGAGACUAGAGUAGUUCCCAUUUGUUGGAGAAAAUUCCUGGCAGCUCCCAAGGGACUUUGUAGAUUCUCAGAGGUCCCCUGGAGCCCUAACCCCCUGCAGAUCACUCCUAUAGGCAUCAUCACCCUCUUCCUGUGAUCCACCCAACCCACCCCUGACAGGAGGUGACACUCUACCAGCCUAGAACACUAACUCACCCAGCCCUACUGCCAGCAGCACCAGGUUAUUGAACCAGGACACUCUGCCAGCCCCUCCUAAAUGGAACAGUUCAGGAGGGUGCCAGAGGUUUCUGUGAUGAGCUGACCUGCAGUCCCCAGCUCUGAGAAGAUGUUAGCUCCAAGCCUCCCCAGCGUGGGCAACUGCUAUUUAUUUUCCUAAAGAGAGUAUUUUUAUACAAACCUGCCAAAAUGGAAUAAAAGGCUUGAAGCUC